UCUGCUGGUUAUAGCAACUAGAGAAAGCCAGUAAUAUAAAUGUGGAGAGAAAGAACGGAUCCUGGUGGCACAGAGGAGUCCACACGGCAUCAGUGCGCAGUCGCCUCACCUCAGAGCUCCAGUCUCCAGCGCACAGGUUCAUCUCAUCUCCAAACACCUGUUUUAGAGAGAUACAUAUUUGGAUUUUCGCUCGCUUUGUGACAUGGUAUAAGGCAGAUAUGUGGUUUUUCCGUUGAGAGGGAUAUGGUCACUGUUGAGCUGCCAAAGUGGAGCCGCGCGUAUCACGGAUCGGGGCGCUCCUGCAGGGUCUAGGAUGCGCGCCCGGAACAUCUCGAUUCUUACCCGGGUUCGGGGGUGAGCAAGAGUCUGGACCAGCAGGGCGCAGAGGCGGACGGAGGACGCAGUCGACCCGUACCAGAAUGCCCGUGAUGAGAGGUCUGCUGGCCCCGCAGAACACCUUCCUCGACACCAUCGCCACCCGUUUCGAUGGCACCCACAGUAACUUUGUGCUGGGGAAUGCACAGGUCCAGUCCCUCUACCCUAUCGUUUACUGUUCCGAUGGCUUCUGUGAGCUCACCGGCUAUGCCCGGGCGGAACUGAUGCAGAAGAGCUGCGCGUGUCACUUCCUGUAUGGACCUGAGACCAGUGAUAAGCUGAUGGCACAGAUCCAGGCGGCGCUGGACGAAAGGCGGGAGUUUAAGACAGAACUGGUCUUCUACAAAAAAGGAGGUACUCAGUUCUGGUGUCUUCUGGAUAUCGUGCCCAUUAAGAAUGAGAAGGGGGAGGUGGUGCUCUUUCUAGUAUCACACAAGGACAUAACUGACAACAAGAAAGUUCAAGAUGAAGAACAGAGCCCAGAAAGAGACGAAGAGACAGGGUUGAAGAUGCACAAGGUCACACGGCCGCCAGGCUUCAAUGCUAACCGGCGACGCAGUAGAGCUGUGCUAUACCAGCUGUCUGGACAUCUGCAGAAACAAGACAAAAGCAAACUCAAGAUCAACAAUAACAUGUUUGGUGAAAAGCCGCCAAUCCCAGAGUACAAAGUGGCAGCCAUACAGAAGAGCCGCUUCAUUCUUCUUCAUUACGGCACCUUCAAAGCAGGCUGGGAUUGGCUGAUUCUCUUAGCCACCUUUUAUGUAGCAGUUACCGUUCCCUACAACGUCUGUUUUACCGUCGUUGGCGGGCGGGAUGAGGCGUCGACGCCUAGAAGUCCACCGAGCGUGAGCGACAUCCUGGUGGAAAUUCUUUUCAUGUUAGAUAUCGUGCUAAACUUUCGCACCACAUUCGUGAGCACGUCAGGCCAGGUGGUGUAUGAUGCGCGCUCUAUCUGCGUGCAUUACGUUACCACCUGGCUCUUUGUGGACCUGAUCGCAGCGCUACCUUUCGACCUACUGUAUGCCUUUAAUGUCAGUGUGUACUUUGGGGUUCAUCUGCUGAAGACGGUUAGAUUGUUGAGGCUUCUGCGCUUGCUGCAAAAGCUGGAGCGUUACUCGCAGUACAGCGCGGUGGUGCUCACGCUGCUUAUGUCCAUGUUCGCCCUGCUUGCUCAUUGGAUGGCCUGUGUCUGGUACAUCAUUGGACGCAGCGAGAUUGAAAACAGCCCUGGUUCCUGGGACAUUGGUUGGCUACACGAGCUGGGUAAACGUCUAGGCACCCCUUACUUCCUCUCCCCCCUUGCAUCCCUCAUUCCUGAUUCGCUGCGACCCACCAUAUUAGAUGGAUUGGUGGUCAAUACAAGCCAAUGGAACGGCUCCGACGUGAUGGGACAUGACUCUGUGUGGAACUCGAGUAAAUGGAACACAACAGGGGUGGCGCCUGUGAGCACUGAAAGCGCAGGACAAACUGGAGCGGUACUGGGAGGCGGACCCUCAAUUCGAAGUUCAUACGUGACGUCGCUUUACUUUGCUUUGAGCAGUCUGACCAGUGUGGGUUUUGGCAAUGUCUCAGCUAAUACUGACUCUGAGAAGAUCUUCUCUAUCUGCACCAUGCUGAUUGGAGCACUCAUGCACGCCGCGGUGUUUGGUAACGUGACGGCCAUCAUUCAGCGCAUGUACUCGCGCCGCUCGCUCUAUCACACCCGCACCAAAGACCUGAAAGACUUCAUCCGCGUGCACCGUCUGCCCAAGGCCCUGGCGCAGCGCAUGCUCGAGUGUUUUCAGACAACAUGGUCUGUCAACAAUGGCAUCGAUGUCAGUGAGCUGCUGAAGGACUUCCCAGAUGAACUGCGGGCUGACAUUGCCAUGCACUUGAAUAAAGAACUCCUGCAGCUGCCUCUAUUUGAGUCGGCCAGUCGCGGGUGUCUGCGCUCCCUCUCACUUAUAAUCAAAACCUCCUUCUGUGCUCCGGGAGAGUUCCUCAUUCGCCAGGGCGAUGCUCUACAGGCUAUCUAUUUCGUCUGCUCGGGCUCCAUGGAAGUGCUGAAGGACAACACUGUGCUGGCUAUACUGGGAAAGGGCGACCUGAUUGGAUCAGACUCGCUGACAAAGGAGCAGGUGAUAAAGACCAACGCAAACGUGAAAGCACUGACAUACUGUGACCUGCAGUACAUCAGCCUGAAGGGGCUCCGUGAGGUGCUGCGUCUCUAUCCUGAAUAUGCCCAGAAAUUUGUCAGCGAAAUUCAGCAUGACCUCACCUACAACCUGCGGGAAGGCAGUGGCGCUGACCUGGACUGGGAAAGCAACGGCGGCCUUGUCAAGAAACUACCUGCCAUCCGCGAGGAUGAGGAGAACGAUGAAGAACAGCAGUCGGUUUCAAGACCCCCACGUUCUCCCCUACGCCUGACCCGAGGGCUCAACUCCCCUCUGCGAUCACCUCUCCUCCCGCCACGCCCCUUCCGGCCUCCAUCGGACCACACGAGACCUGCCACCCUCCAAAUCCCUGUGGUCAGUUUCAGCAGCGCCCCUCCAGAACUCAGCCCGAGGUUUGUGGAUGGAAUUGAAACAGAAAGUAAUUUAAGCUCAACACAGCGGUUUGAGUUUGGUCCCAGCCUACCUCAGAGUGGCCCACCGUCCCCUUCUCCAGUGAACCAGGAGCAGCUGGAAAACAAACAGAGCAUCACCAAACUGAGUGAGGAAAUGACCAGUCUCUCCCAGCAAGUGUCUCAACUGAGCAAAGAGCUACAGGAAAUGACACGUCUCCUCCGUCCCUUGCUCUUCAUUGGAUCUCAACCCCUCCUGACAACCCUCAACCCAACGAUGCCAAUGUCUCCCAGCAGCAAGAGCGGCCCAACAAUACCCACGCCGCCAGUUCCAUCACCCACAGCUUCACCGUCCUCCCCACUCAGGCCUACCCGCUCCCUAUUGGACAGCGUGGACACUGGGGGCAUAGUCUUACCCAGCUGUCUCACACCCACCAGUCCUCCCCAGAGACCCCAGACACAAGCUCAGGUGUCUCCAAAAGGCUGUUUAAGGAGGCCUUCCUUAACAACCCCCCUCUGUCCAGUCACAGACCAAACAGAAGGAUCUGGGCCUUCUAGCCAAGCGUACACCCAAGACCAGCCGUCGCAAGCCCCUCUCACCUUUUCUUUCUCACUUCCUUCUUUUCGCUCUCAAUCUCCUUCCUGUUCUCCAUGCCAGGGGCCGCACCUUUCCCGUCCUGCCAGUCACAGUAGAGGUUUGCUACCUCCACCCGUCUCACAAGACAACCCACCUCAGUCUUCUCAUUGCUCAGCCCCUCCAUCGAUCAGUAACUCUCCUGGCGACCACAGGCUGGGCAUGAGCCCCUUUCCCUCCUCCUCCACUCCUUCCAUUCAGUCACGGUCGUGCACUCCUCCGUCAUGCCCGCACAUGUCACCGCCUUGCAACUUAGACUCCCCUCCCAAAAGCCAGGUCUCUUUUGGUACAUCGUGGCCGCAGCUGAACCCCAGGCCGGCACCUCCUCAGUUAGAGAUUGAGAUGCAGGAGUGGGCACCGGGAGGGACGCCGUCCACAGAGCAUAUCAGCUUCAUAGAUGAAGAGGGACCACCACUGUGAAAGACAGAUUGUGACUUGUUGACUGGAAUAGUUAAUGAGGACAUUAAUUUUGAGAGGAGAGCCGGGCCGACUGCAAUUCCCCCAACACAUCUACGUCCUGAGAUAACACAAAACUGACUCUUGUGUUGACACUCUUGUAAUUUGACAGAUAGGGGCUCUGUUGCAAACCAUAGUAAGCUGCAUGCAUGCAGCAUGGUUAAGGCAAUCCCACUUCUGAGGGUCCAUUUCGGUUACGAAAGCAAAGCAUCUCACUUGAGUUUAAAACAGAGCCACUGUCUCGGUUUUCACUUUGGAGCACCUUCGUACCUGAUACCAGCCAGUUUUUUCCCUCUGAGCACAACUUCACGAUUGUUCCUCUUCUAAAUUUACAGGCAUUACAGGGCAUCCACAGGCACGGCAGUCGAACUGCGGAAAACCUGUGAGGAUUUUAUAUAACAAAAUUUGACCGAGUAACGCGCAUACAUGCGCCAGAAUAAAGGAAUUGUCAGGUGGAGUUUGUUAUUUUUUGCUACGAUUCUGUAUUACCAAAAUGAUGUUUUUACUCUAUGAAUUAUUUACCUUGGAAAAUGAAUUCAUAUUUUAAUUUCCAGACUCUGGAAACGAAUGAAGCUGUCACAGCACAUUAUCUAUGACACCCCACACUUUAUUUCUGUCCUCCGGUGGCUAAAACGGCAUAUUUAGUCAGAAUGAGGAUGCACCACCUUGGGAAAUGAUCCAAUUUAGUCAAUUUAGAGAUUUCUUCAUUUUAUUCAGUCAAAACUAGCAGGAUUUAGAGCAGUGGGUCUCAAGUUUACAGUAUUGUGCAGUUUGUAUGUUGGAUCAGGUGUGUUAGAGACGGACAAAAUGUGCAGAGCUGUGGGUCACCAUGACUGGAGUUGAGAGACACUGAUUUAGAAUGAGCUGAAAGUUAGGUUAUGGUUAUGUAUGAGCUGAAGGUUAUGUUUCUUUUUGAGACACAAACACAAAGCUAGGGAUCAAAAUGUACCUUAGCCACACUGAAAAAAUAGCUCAAAUAAAACAUUAAUUUAUGCCAUUUUUGACAGGAAAACUGUAUUUUGGAUUGUUAUCUUAAAAUAUUUAGUCCCCAUGUCUCCCUUGUAUAUUACAUAUUAUAUUUAAAUUAAAUAUAAGUAAAUAUUAUAUAAAAUUAUAUAUAUAUACAGGUAUAUACUGUAUAUAUAUACACACACACAUAUAUAUAUACAGUAUAUAUAGUAAAAGUAAAAGAGAAAAUUACCAUGAAAAAUUAUAUAGAUAAUAUUAUAUAUAAAAUUUGUAAAAUGUUCCCCUGUGGUAAAACUGUGGUUAAAGCAAGUCUUAAAGUAAUAUAAAAAUAAAUGACAAAUGGCCAAACUAUCAGUUGCUUUGCAAAAAAGUAGAAAUUGCUAAAAACAAGUUACCGGCCAUCUGUCCUGUAGCCUAAUUUUAUUCGCUUGCCAAAGCGAAUAUUUACCCACAUUUGCCACUUGGUGAGUGUUCAUUUUUUACCCUGAAUGACAUGCCAAGCACUCCAGUAUGUAGCAGCCUCAUAAAUCACAUUUUAUUUCCCAGGUUGCCCCUCUUUACAUAAAAUAUAAGGCAUACUCAAGGCAACUAUCACAACAAACUAGAUUUUAAGAAGAGGUCAAACAAAGUCAUCGUAACAUCCAGAACAGUGAAUCAGGUUAGUCUGAACAUUAGGGAGGGUGUGCCAGUUAACGGUCAGUUGGGACUGUGUUAGGGGUUGGCAUGCCAUAUAUUGCGCAGAACAUAGACGGUCCAGAGAGCUUGGCAUGUCUGCUAAUGAGACGUCUGCAUAAAUAGAAUUAAAAUAAAAACAGCUUUAGUCAUCCUGCCAGCGUGCCUUCUCAUAAAACAAGAAAUCCUAUAGCUCUCCCCAUUCUUCAGCAUUUAUGUCACUUAUCAAAAGCGGUUGGUCGUGUCACAAUUGAGAGCACUGCACUUUUAUUUCACUGUUUAUUUAAUUAUUUAUUUAUUUGCUAUCCUAAGAGCAGACUCCCAUGAAGAACCUCACAGAUGUUUCUUGCAGCUGGUGCCCAUUCAUUUUUCUCGUCAAGCAUGUGAAUACGGAUUACAGUAUAAUCACGGUCACAUCAGCAUCUCUGAUAUCCUAUGACCAGCAACUAAGACGCCAGCAUCAUCUCCCACUAGUUUCAGUAGUUGGCAUAUUACUGAGAACCAGAAUGACAUCAUAUCGUUUCAUCAGUUUGCUGAGGUCCAUCCAAACUCGUGGUGUAGGCGCACCAUCUGUCCGUCCUAACUAACAUGUGCUUGCUUAAACUGGAAAAGGGCACAUUACUUCUCACAGCAGAAUUUGGUCUCCAUUUUCUUUAUGUAGGUCAGGGAGUCUGAAUGUGGAUAGUAGGAAAUUUUAUGGACUUUGGGGUCUGGGGGUUUCCUGCAUGUCCAAUUCAUUUGCAUGAGGAAUGUGCCUGCAUAUAUGGCAGGAGAUUUUGGGGGGCAGGGGGGUUGCACGACCCAGGGCAUACAGGGGUCCAAAUGUAUUUUAUUAACUGUAACAAGCUUUACAAGAGCCUCUUGCCAGUAUAAUAAAAAAAGAUGAUGUUUUAUAGGAAUACAGACUUCUGUGCUUCUUUUACUUCUUUCUUUCAACAUCUCAAUGAAAUAAUUGUUAAAAAUGCUGAUUUUCAAGUGUUUUCAAUGUGUAGUGAUUUUCAUGAAGACCAUCGAAGUGGGUAAACUCAAGUUGAAAUGUUAAGAUAUGCAUG